AGUGCAAUUAAAUAUACACUCUAAAGUCAUAAGACCAAAGUGCAUUAUUGUUUUUGUCAUAGUAAGGUUUGUAAUCAGCUGGUCGUCGACGCAAGCGCAUCUCAGUCAGUAUUGGCGCGAACGCAGCGCGCACUUGGUCGCCGGCGCACUGAUUUCCUGCCCUUUUCGGAGGAAGCACGUAAUUUGACACGUAAAAUAAACAAUAUUAAUUGUUCCAUUUAAUUAAGUAAAAAAUCUAGUUCAAUUGGACCUUUUUGGUGACGUUUUAGUGGGGAUUGCGUAUACGUUGCCUACACUCCACUACAGUAUAUUCCGAUAAAAACCAAAGAAAAAUGCCGUACCAAAGAAAGAUACCCGACAACAGCAAAGUCCGCAGACAACUCUUCCCACAAGACAGUACUGAGAAACAAGCUAAUAAGGACAAUAUGACAAACGUAUUACAAGAACUGAUAGCCAAUGAUAGACAAAGGAGCAUCGAGAAUUGGAACUUCGACACAGCUAAAGAAAUUCCCGUUAAAGGAGAUUGGGAAUGGUCUAAGACUGAUGAAGGCAAAUGGAUCGGUAUUAAUUCUAAGAAGAGUAAUGAACAAGAGAAUGAGAAAACUCCAGUACAACAUGAACAGCAAGAUAAAACGUCCCAGAUGAUGAAAAAAUCAUAGACAUCUUCAAACUAAAGGGAUUGACAGAAAAAAUAAAAACAGUAACCAUCAUUGUGAUGUUCAUAAAAAAGAAAUAAAUGUUGUCCCUAUAAAAUUUUGCUGACACUAAAACACGUUUUUACGAAUCAGCAAAAGUGUAUCUUUUUAAGACAACUCGAUUUGUCCAACCAUUUCAUCUCAUGAAAGAAUGAUCAUGUAGGUACCAAAUGUAUAAAUUUAUAGAUAUCACAAAGUAAUAUAAAUUAUUUACAACAAAAAAACCCAAUAUGCCUACGAUGAAGCUAUGAUUAUAAAAAAGAAAAUUACUCUUAAAAUGUGAUACAAAAUUUAAUAAAAUUGUACAUUCUGCGAUAUAGGUAAAUAAUAACCUACUUUACUAUAGUAAUCUUACUAAACACACAUUUUAUUUAAAAGAAAAAAUAUAUUUUUAAGUUUUAUUUCUACACAAGAAAAGAUACCCAUACGGUAUCGGAAUAACAAAUGAAGUUUGAAAAAUAAAAAGUUUUCAUUUAAAUAGUAAGCUGACAUUAUUAUUUAAUUCUAAUUGUUUUAUGGUGGGUACAGAUUUAUGUAACAUGAUUACCACAAAUAUAAUGCAAUGGAUCAUCAUUUGCCUAGCCUUUUCCCAAUUAUGUUGGGGUCGGCUUCAAGUCAAACCGAAUACUACUGAGUACCGGGGUUUUACAAGGAGGGACUGCCUAUCUAACCUCCUCAACUCAGUUACCCCGGCAACCCAAUACCCGUUGAUAGGAUUUGUUCAAUAUACUGACUGCUGACUAUAAUCCGAUGAUGAUAUUAUAUUGGUGCCGAUGCACGAAUCUUGAGCGCUGACCUUCACCUGCGCAGAAGUAAUUUAUUGGGUCCCUUUUGUAUGAAGUGAAGCGCGUGGGGCGGGCUAAAGCGGUGAUUGGCCCGCAGCGCAUCGCGUCAUAGCCGUCACUCGGGAUUGGUUCUUUGCUAAUAAAUCACUUCUGCGCAGGUGAAGAUCAGCGCUCAAGAUUCGUGCCGAAGACUCUAUCUGUAUCGACUGCCAUAGAUGUUCAAUGAAAUAGCGAAUAUUAAAUAUGCAAGGAUAUCGAGAAAAUCUUGUUACAUGAGUCUGUAUCCACCUUUACAUGUAAACUUAUCAAACAGCUAUAUUCCAAAGUCCACGUAGGAAUGCCUAGCUUCACAUAGUGACUUCUAGCAAUUACUAGAAAACUCUAGAAACAUGUACUUAUUUUAGAUUUUAACCUAUAGAGGCAUAACUUUUCGAAAUUAUGUACAUAGCCAUUGUUUAGUAAGUAUUAUUUAUAAUUUGCUACGUAUUUAUUAAAUUAUUGUAAUCCAUUGUUUUAAUUAAAUGAAUGUCUCGUA